AUGCAGUUCAUCUCGUCGCCACGUCAGAUGCUCAAGAUCGCCAUGCUCUCCGCGAUCUUCUGCUUCUCCGUCGUCUGCGGGAACAUGUCACUACGAUACAUCCCCGUCUCUUUUAACCAGGCAAUCGGAGCCACAACCCCGGCCUUCACGGCCCUAUUCGUCGUCAUCAUCACCUUUCGCACCGAAGCAGCCACCACCUACCUCACACUCGUCCCUGUCGUCCUGGGAAUAGUCAUAGCCAGCAACUCGGAACCUUCCUUCCACCUUCUCGGCGUGAUCAUGUGCUUCGCGUCGACCGCUGCUCGCGCGCUGAAAUCCGUUGUACAGGGGCUGCUUCUAACGAGUGAUAAUGAAAAGCUACACUCCAUGAACCUGCUGCUGUAUAUGUCGCCGCUCGCGGUAGUGAUGCUGCUUCCAGCGAGUCUGUUUAUAGAGGGGAAUGUGCUGGCGGUGGUGGUGACGAAAGCAAGGGAAUCUCCUUGGAUUCUGGUUUACCUGGUGGCGAAUGCUGCAUUCGCCUACUUCACGAAUUUGACGAAUUUUCUGGUUACCAAGCACACCAGCGCGCUUACCCUUCAG